AUCUCAUCAGAGUGAUAUAUUGUUUUAUUUUUUAAGAAAAUUGAGCACUUUUUUUUUUAUUAAAUCUGGGAAAUGUGGUGAUGCCUUAAUUGAAAAGCUGAAGGUCAUGGAGCCACAAAGUCUACAAUUCCUUAAAUGAUCGGAGGGCAACAGACAGAAUCCAAAAAAAAAUUGACCUUAUUAAGAUUGAAACCCUGAAGUGAUUGAUUAACACGCCGAGCUGAGAGGAACAAGAACUGUAUCAUUACAGGAUUACGUGGUUUCUUCACUAACAUGUCUAACGUUUCCUCAUCGCCCAGCGAAUUCAAUUCAAGUUUGGUCGGGAAUGCCUCAACCAAUGGAACUGAACCUGAAAAUGAAUUCAAACUUCUGACUUCACCACUGAUUAUUUUGAUGUCCUUCAUGUGCCUGUUGAUUGUUUCCGAAAAUGGUCUCAUAAUCUUUUUAAUGUGCAGAAAGAAGAUAUUGAGAACACUUACCAACAUGUUUCUUACUUCGCUGGCGCUUUCAGAUCUUACAUCAGGUCUAGCGAGAAUGCCUCUGCUCUUCAUUUGCAUGGAGAUGGACGUCAGUAUCAUUGUCUGCGUGGCCUCUGCUGUGUUUAAUCGAUUCACAGCCAUCUCCUCAGUUUGCCAUGUCUUGCUCAUCGCUGCAGAUCGCUAUAUCUUUAUUGUUCAUGACAUGAAGUACCGUGCUUUUGUAACAAAGAGACGAGCAGUGGUUGCCACUAUUGCUGUGUGGCUGAUUUCAAUUCUAGCCUCUGUCGUUCAGUUGUCUUGGUAUAUUUUUCAUGGAUUAGAGAUCGGUGAUCGAAAUGCCUUUAUGGAUGAUCUAAACAAGCAGUACGGCCUUGCUUGCAUCGUCCUGUUCUUUGCUGGUCCUUUUUUGUUGAUAUUUUAUAUCUAUGGUCGUAUUUUUUACAUUUCCUAUAAACUCAACCAAAAUGACCGUAAGAGGAUCAGAACUUAUAAUUAUAAGCAGCCCAGUGGAUCUCUGCGUCAUGAGUGGAGGGGUCGUAGUGUGUUGUUGAUCACGUUGAUAAUUUUUGGCGGCUGUUGGCUGCCUUACUUCUUCGGCGUAUUACACGAUCACAUGAGUUCCUCAGAAGAUUCUACCCUACCAAUAUGGUCUCAGCGUCUGCAAAUUUGCCUUGGUUUUAUUCCAAUGAUGUUAAACCCGAUUUUGUGCACUUUGGCGAAAAAGGAUUUUCGUCAUGCACUCAAGGAGAUUGUAAUAGGUCGUAAUUCUUUGCGUCAUUUUAAUCAAGAUAUUUCUCUACAGACAACCCGCGAGAGAUUCAGAACCAUAGAUAGCGAAUCUGAACGAAACUGACAGAAACAACAUCUGUGGGUUUCACUCUCCGAGCAGUUUACUUAACUUUGACAGUUCUGAUCAGAAACACUUACGAAUAUGACACCUUCAUUGUCAUUUGAAAGAAAAAGGGCGCAAACAAUAUUUCUUUUGUUUGCACAACGAUAAUCCUAGCACAAAACAGCAUUUGAGAAUCAUUUUAAGUAGAUAUAAUUAUCCUCUGGAAAUUGAUAUUGGUGCUGCUAAUUUUUAGGCUGCCGAUUCUGACGGGACGAAGAAAAUUAAAACGAUAACAUAUUUCAAUUGACAGAAAGAAGAAUUUCCAUUGUCAGUCGAAUACCAGACCUUAAGUAUUACGUUCGGUGAGAGACUGAUGACUCAGAUCCUCUGACCACUGCAUGAACUUCCUACGUGCCUGAUAAGAAUUGGCAAAAUUCAGAAACGCAUCGCUGAUUAGAAAAAAUGCGACUUUCUGGACACGUGGAUUUAUAUAUUGCCUACAAUCAUUUAGAAGAUGAUAACGAUGUACACCAAGUUUCCUUUCCAGUGAAAAAUUGUAAGUUAAUCAUGUUCACCAGGGCAAUAUAUCACUCAUAUUACCAAGUACUAUCACUUGGUAAAAUUAAA